CUGGCACUGUGAAUCGCAUUGACGUUGCAUGUUAACGUGUCGGAGACAGUAAUACUAGUAACGUGCAUGCUUGUGCUAGCUAGCUUAGCCGCGUCAGCUAGCCGUGUUAGCUACGGUUAGCUGCGCUUCUAGCGGUGCUAAUCAGCCUUCCGCAAACUAGACUGCUACAGCGUUAAAGCAAGUCCCGAUUGUGAGAACGGCACGUCGUAGUGUUGAUCGUAGUUUGUCUCGUUGAAUUCCCGAUUAAAAGAAAAGCCCAGUGCAAAGAAUGUAUGCUAUUAUUUGCUCGGUUGUCAAAACUCCGAAGUCCCGCCGUUUGACUGAGCGAGUCUGCGUCCUGGGCCCUGAACCCUAGCGUGCUUUAACCCUUCAAUGUUGACCUUUCACCCACAGGAAAAGAAAUACCUUUAUCUUCCGUAUCGAUUUGAAAUAGCUGGCUGCCAAGAGCUUGUUUGUGACACUGCUGCAGCUUUGCCGCUCACCCGUUCAAACUCAACAGUGAUAUUCAGCCGUAUUUUAUUUGGAAAUUGCUUAUCCUUUUAAAAAUGGGACUACAUAAUUGAUGGACUGUUUAAAAAAAGAAAAUAAUUUGGUGUGCAUGCCUCAUGGGGCACUGAUGUAAAGACCAGUACAAGAAGGUGCGUGCGGUAUCGAUAUGGAUGGACUGACUCAAAGGAUUCAACUUGUGUCAGCAGACAGCAACAUGGCAUUAGGACACAGAAUCCAGAUUGUAACUGAUCAGCAGACUGGCCAGAAGAUCCAGAUCGUCACAGCACUUGAGCCAUCUUCCCCUGGAAAGCAACAGUAUAUUCUAGCAAAUGCUGACUAUUCCCCUGGUGGGAAGGUGAUCCUGGCCAAGCAGGAAGGUUCACCCAACAAGGUCAUCCUCACCACUCCAGACUGCUCGGGGGUUAACCAGCUGUUGUUUGCCUCCCAUGAUCUGGCUGGGCAGCAGAUUCAGUUUGUGACUGACGGUUCAGACCAGUCGAUUGUGAAGCCGGUUGUGGAGUACUGCGUUGUCUGUGGGGACAAGGCCUCAGGGCGUCAUUACGGAGCGGUCAGCUGUGAGGGCUGUAAGGGCUUCUUCAAACGCAGCAUUAGAAAGAACCUAGUGUACACCUGCAGGGGCUCUGGAGAGUGUGCCAUCAACAAGCUCCACCGAAACCGCUGCCAGUACUGUCGACUGCAGCGCUGCAUGUCUCUGGGCAUGAAACAGGAUUCUGUGCAGUGUGAAAGGAAGCCCGUUGAAGUGAGGGAGAAAUCCGCCAACUGUGCAGCCUCCACUGAGAAAAUCUACAUCCGUAAAAACCUGUGUAGUCCUCUGGCUGCCACACCCACUUUUAUGUCUGACAAAGAAACUGCUAGGUCUACAAGUUUGCUUGAGUCAAGCAUGUUGCUCAACAUCCAACAACCCUUCACCAAGAUGGAAAACACCAUCUUGAUUCCAGUAUCCCCUGACAAGCAGGUCGACCCAUCUCAUGGUGACCUCGGCACGCUGGCAAAUGUAGUGACGUCCCUCGCCCACCUCAACAAGGCCAGGGAGGCGAUUGACGGCUGCAAUGACAUGAUGGGAGAUGAAACGCUUAGCAACGGGGACAGCUCGAUGACAGACAUCCAGGGAGAUGAGCAAAGUGCAAGUGAAAUCACUCGAGCUUUUGACACCCUGGCCAAAGUCCUGCACCCUGGUGAUGGCCCACCGGGAGGUUCCUUAGAGGCCACAAUGCAGCUGAUGUCGGGGGACCAGUCAGGUCCUGUGGUGGAGUUGGAGGGACCUAUACUUUCUGACAGCCAUAUCCCUUUCAAGCUUAUGAUGCCUUUGCCUGUGCCAGAGUACCUCAAUGUCAACUACAUCUGUGAGUCAGCUUCCCGGCUACUUUUUCUCUCUAUGCACUGGGCACGCUCCAUUCCUGCCUUUCAGACCCUUGGUGGUCAAGACAAUGACAUUAACUUAAUGAAGGCCUGCUGGAAUGAGCUGUUCGCUCUGGGUCUGGCACAGUGCUCCAACGUCAUGAAUGUUGGUACCAUCCUAAGUGCCAUUAUCAAUCAUCUGCAGACCAGCUUACAGGAAGAUAAGCUGUCCCCAGAUCGAGUAAAACUAGUAAUGGAGCACAUCUGGAGAAUGCAGGAGUUCUGUAACAGCAUGACCAACCUGUCCCCAGACUCUUAUGAAUAUGCCUACCUCAAAGCCAUCGUUCUCUUCAGUCCUGAUCACCCGGGCAUCGAUAACACACCACAGAUAGAGCGGUUUCAGGAGAAGGCCUACAUGGAGCUGCAGGACUACGUAACCACGUCCUACCCAGAAGACUCCUAUCGGUUAUCCAAGCUGUUGCUGCGUCUUCCUGCCCUCAGGCUGAUAAGUGCAGCUGUCACCGAGGAGCUGUUUUUCGCUGGGCUCAUUGGCAAUGUGCAGAUUGACAGCAUCAUCCCGUACAUCCUGAAAAUGGAGUCCACUGAUUAUAAUAGCCAGGCCGUCUCUGGGGUCUGACACGCUGUGCCAUUUGUAAUUGCAACUUUGGACUGUUAAAACUGGACAGCCAGCCAAUCGGAGUGCUCUGCAGAGCGAUCACUAAGUGGUCACAACAUACUGUAGUUAUGACACGGCAUCCAAUGGGAAUUCUGUUUUUCAACUGGCUCCUCGGUAACCAGUCGGUAGAGCACAACCCAAAAAGAGGACAAACACAAAUCAACUCCAGUGGCCGGUGAGCCUGCCAAUAUCUCCCCAUUCAGGAAUGAACCCCUGAAACCUGCAUAGUAGAUUGCGCUUUUUAUUGUACAUAGUAUUUUAUGCUUCAUCGUCUACAGGACUUUUCUUUUUUCUGCAGAUAUUGUUUCCACUUUGAAGGAAUCAGGGUGGUUUGUUUUUUCAAUGCUUUCCUGCAAGGUCAUGCUUUAUUUUUAUUUUCUAAUCAUUCUGAGGAUAAAAAAUUUAAAUAAUGUGAAUUGAUUUGUGAGAUGUCUUUAUCGCAAAAGGUUAUAACCUUUUAUUUCUUAUUUGUUUGCUAAUCCAAAGGAUCAUGCAGCAUUACUUGUCAAAUAUUUGACAGCUUGAAUCAUUGUGUGUGUGUGUAUAUAGAUUUGUAUAUAAAAUGCACCAAGAUGGCUAAAAUGGGCAGCACUUGGUAAUUUGUGAAUUCCAUCUUUUGGAAAAAUUAAUGUGGAUGGAAAAUGGUAAUUUCAUUUGAAAAUAAAAAUAAAAACACCUUUCAACCUU